AUGUUCCAUGGAUGGAUCUCAAGGUUUGGCGUACCUGCAGUGAUUACAAGUGACAGAGGAGCCCAGUUCACUUCAUCCCUAUGGUCCGCCAUCUGCUCCCUACUCAAGAUCAAGCACAAGACCACCACAGCUUUCCACCCUCAGUCCAACGGCAUGGUGGAAAGGUUCCACAGAUGUACAAGAUCCUCCAACCAAUUGUUCUAUGAAAACCUUAAGAAGUCUAUGUCUGGUUUUCAACCUACUCCGCCUCGUCAUAACACUCCUGCAGCAGAAAAUCUCCCAGAAGUUAUUCCUGCAGAACUCUCAUCAUGCCCAAUGGUUUUUAUACGUAAGGAUGGACAUGUUGCUCCUCUAGCCCCCCUCUACGAAGGUCCUUACAAGGUUUUGUCCCGCUCCCUUAAAACCUUCCAGCUCCAAGUUGGCAAGAGAGUAGAAGUGGUUUCAGUCCAACGCCUCAAACCAGCUUUCACGGCAGAGGAUGAGGCUCCAGUAGAACCUCCACGACGAGGCAGACCCCCACGCCAACCUCCUCCAGUCCCUCCUGAUCCCCCUAGACGUAGAGGACACCUCGAAAAGCUGUUGCAGAAGCCUCCGCCGUUGCUCCGCCAAAGAGGAGAAGAGUAA